CUAAGAAAGAAAUCCCAUAAAAUGUCCUGGAUUCUGGUUCUUUUGCCUUUAGUUUUGGGGCAAGACAGACGUUGGUAGCUAAUCGUGACUUCAUCGCUUUGUGUAAUAUUACUGCUCAUCUGCAGAUUAGAUUGGCAAUCAUUUAAAAAAAAGUCAUGUGUGAACCACCCAUCAUCUGUGAAACAAAUAAUGUAUUAAUGUAUUUUGUCAGUGUACACUCAGAAGGAAAUAGCAGUUUCAAAUGUAUUAAAUCAGUGACACAAGAAUUGCUCAUUUAAACACACAUGAAAUAGUGUUUCAAUGAGCAAAGAGCAAAGAAUCCUAAAAAUGUGACACUACUGCUGUUAGUAUUUGGCAGUUUCAAUUAUUGGAACGAUUGCUUCUGUCCAAUUAGUGAAUUAAUUAAUAAUUCACUGGUUAAUCGAUUGAAUGCUUUGGCUAAAAUGGAUAGCUAUAUACUCACCCGGACAAGGGAUUGAUGGUUAUGAUGUUACCUAGGAAAUGUAUGACCCCUAGUGGUACAAAUCUGAAAUAGUUUGUUGCUAGCAGUAAGAAUUGGUGAGGCCUGUUUUAAAAGGACAUACUGCGUAGUGAUUACACACCUUCCCCCUCUGUGGCUACAGAGAUCAGCAUACACUUUCAAAGACACACUUGUCUUGAAAAGUAAAAACUGGAAAUAUGUAAAAUUCACUUUGAUUUACAUGCUUGCAGUAAUCGUGUGACUGCAGUGACUUAGCACCUCACUGGUUUUGUGUCAUUUUUAAGUUUUUGUCAGGUUUUAGCUACAUCAGUGUGAUUGUGAAUUGAUUAACAUGAUGUUUAUGAUUCGGUGUAAUUUAAUGCAAUGCGUAAUAAUGUGAUAACAAUAAUAAGGAGGAGAUGGAGAAUUACCACAGAGCCAUGAAUAAAAUGGCCGAGGACAUCCUGGCGCUGAGGAGGCAGGUCAGCACCUUGAACUCUGAUAACAGCCAGCUGCGCAGCCGGUUCAGCCUGCACCACGACCUGAGCCGCUCUCCGCUCAACACUGACAUCGACGUCAUGACCAAAGAGGAGAUCGCCGACUGUAUUGCCUCCCUGAAGUUUAAAUUAGUCAGUGAAAGAGACCAAUCUGCAGUGCAACGGGACAAGAUUCAGCAGCUGCAGAACGAGCUCAUCAGGAAGAAUGACUGUGAGAAGAUGCUGCAACAGCUACAGAGGGCCCACCAGCAGCAGCAGACUGUCAUGCAGCAAUAUCAAGGCCGGCUGGCCAGAAUGGUGGACCUAGAAGCGACAGUCCGGCAGCAGGAGAAGGUCAUUGAAAAGAUGGAGCAAGCUCUGAGUGGCAAACUGUCUGAAAGAGCUAAUGACAAGGCUAGCCAUGUGAAAAAACAAACAGGUGAGCACAAGCACAGGGGGUGGGAGGUGGAGCUGGCCCUGGCAGCAGAGAACGCCCGCCUGAGGGCGGAGCUGGAGAAGCUGCAGAAGCAGCCAGUGACCAUCCAGCUGCCACUGCAGGUUCCUGAGCCCUUCAGUGGCAGUGAAAAACUGGCCCUGCUGGUUCAGCUGGAGAGGGCACAGACUCAGGUCAGCACCUUGGAGAUUCAGCUGGAAGAAAAUUCACAGAAGUGGGGCAGAGAAAAAGAGGAACUCUUGACAAGACUGAGUGAACACUCCCAUGGCUUUGCUCACAAGGCCACGACCCUCCGUGAUUCUCUUUUGACCACCUCGCAGCCUAUGAUGUCCAGAAGUAGACGGAAGUUGCAUCUUCUGAAAUGAUCUUCCCCUCCUUUCCUUCCAGAAUCCUUACAUUAUUAAAAUUAUAUCUAAUAAUAUAGAUAAAAUAGAAAAUCAUUCUGAAUGUUAUGAGAAAAAAGUUUUGUUUUUAUGG